CGGAUCCUCCUUCCAAGAACGCACACUUGAUUUGUUUGUCAGUCUGGUGACUUCGUCGCCUCGCAGCUCUCAUAGAGCACCAGGCAAUAAGGAAGGGUGUUCUUGUCCACAAUGGUGCGUGUCAGGCUCAACUGUACGGUCCUGGUUGCCAUAUUGCUGUUGAAUGUUGUCACCAUAUCAAUCCUUCUGCCCUGGUUAGCCCAGACCAAACACACAACAACACCACCAUCAUCAUCAUCAUCAUCAUCGUCGUCUGGGUCCUUCUCCAGGUCCUCCGGGCCGUCGCUACGGCAACUGCUGACCCGGGGCAAGGUCCACGUGCUGCUGGUGUCUUCCUGGAGAUCCGGAUCCUCCUUCCUGGGCCAGGUGUUCAGCCAGAACCCGUCCGUCUUCUACCUGAUGGAGCCUGGGUGGCACGUGUGGAGGAAGCUGCACAUGGCUGGAGCGCUGGAGCUGCGCAUGGCCGUCCGAGAUCUCCUGCGACAGGUGCUGAAGUGCGACAUGUCCGUGAUGGAGUCCUACAUGGGCCCCCACGCCAAGACCAACCAUCUGUUCUUCUGGAGUCACAGUCGGGCGCUCUGCUCUUCGCCCCUCUGCAACGCGACCGCCCCGGGCGCCAUAAGCAACCAGACGGAAUGUCAGAGGCACUGCCGCGGCAAGCCCUUAGAUUCGGCCGCGGACGCCUGCAGCAAGCACUACUCGCACGUGGUGCUCAAGACGGUCCGCAUCUUCGAGCUGGAGUCGCUGUACCCGCUGCUGCGCGACCCGACGCUGGACCUGCGCAUCGUGCACCUGGUGAGGGACCCACGGGCCGUGUGGAGGUCGCGGCGGUGGGUGAACAACAUCCUGGCGGGCGAUAGUCACAUCGUGCUGCAGCAUGGCGACGUCAAGGGCAUGGAGGCAGACGUGAGCGUCAUGGAAACCAUCUGCAGGAGCCACGUUCACAUCUACCAGACCGUGCAGCACGCACAGGCCCCCGACUUCCUGCGUGGCCGCUACAAGAUGGUGCGCUACGAGGACGUGGCUAACGACCCGCUGGGCCAGGUAGAGGACGGCAUGGGGGCCCCCGACUUCCUGCGUGGCCGCUACAAGAUGGUGCGCUACGAGGACGUGGCUAACGACCCGCUGGGCCAGGUGGAGGACAUCUACCGCUUCGUGGGCCUGAACAUGACGCAGGAGCUCCAGAGCUGGAUCCAUCUCUCCACCAGCCGCAAGAGCGCCAAGACGGACCCGUUCAAGACCAUGUCGCGCAACGCCAAGGACGUCUCGCUGGCCUGGAGGACCUCGCUGCCAUACGACCAGGUCAAACGCGUCCAGGCCGUCUGCAAGUACGCCAUGUAUCUGUACGGCUACCGCACGGUGGACAGCAACCAGGACCAGCGCGACCUGGAGCGCGACGUGGUGCUGCCACUCGAGUCCGUUAGAUUCAAGUCGGACCACAUGGUGUUCAGGAGGACCAAUGGGACCAAAGAGCACAGGUAGCCGAGGAGGUCACAACAAGUGUUCAGUUAACUCUGGAGGACUGUGACAGUGUUCUUGCCGUGUAGGAUGUAGAAGGUGCUCUUUGGUUAUGGACAAGAUAUUGAACUGGAAAAAAGAAAACCAAAGUAUCUAAGGCACUCUUCUAGUUAAAUAGCUAUAAUAAAUUGAGUUCAUUAUAUUUGAUUAAUUUAUGAAUAAUUCUAUGUCUAAAUGGAUCAAAUAUGAUUCAGUCAGUAGUAGAGGUAAUUGAAGAAGCUUCUCAACAAAUUCGCUUUAUUUGACCUCAACGUGAUAUUGACAUGUUUGAUUUAGCCGAUCACAGAGUUAGCCUGGCUAUCGCGACUGUACUGCAUUAACGUUUUUUUAUGGGUGGUACCAGGCAGGCUAUAAUUGUCAAUCUGGGAUAUUCGAAGUUGAGUAUGUUCCAAUUGUUUUUUUUUGUUUUUUUGCUGAACCACAGAUCGUUACCGUGAUUGACUUUAAACUUCUAGAAUAUGGUCAAGCAAUUUGCUUCGGCCCAAGUGAGUUUGGUCACACAAUUUGACAGCCCUCCAUAGACAAAUAAUGACUCUCACCUUUCUGGUUGCUUUGGGUGUGCAUGCCCCUUAGGAGAUAAAAUGUUUUUUUU